AAAAGGCCCCCUUUCUUUAACUGAUGCCAUGUUUUCGUUUUCACUUCUAAUUUUUCUCGUCGUCGUGGUCGUCGUCCUCAACAAGCUGAGAUCAUCCUCCACGCCAUCCAGCAAGUCUGACAUCACCGGCAGCGCCGUUUUACCACCCGGUCCAAAACCUGUACCCAUCCUCGGCAACAUCCUCGAUCUCACUCCUCGAGAACUUUGGCUACGCGCGACAUCAUGGGCCAAAGUCUACGGCGACAUCACCUAUCUUCAUGUCUUUGGCCAACCUCUCGUAUUCCUCAAUACACCUCGCAUUGUCUUCGAGCUCCUCGACAGGCGUGGCUCACUCUAUUCCGAUAAGCCUCAUCUUACCAUGGUCAACGAUCUGUGUGGUUGCAACGACAUGGUCGCUUUUACGGGCUCUGGCGCCCAGAGCAAACGUCAGCGACGUUUGAUGAACAUGGCUUUGGCUGGGACGCGUAUCCCUACUUAUUUCCCACUCAUUACUCGCGAAACACAUUGUUUCAUUCGUCGUCUGUUGGCACCCAAACCCCCUACGAGCUCGCAGGUUGAAUCGCAAAAGUAUUAUAUUCCUCUUCUUCGAAGGUACGCGGGCCAACUGACCUUGAACGUGGUAUACGGCUACAAGGUCCAGAGUGACGAUGAUCCUUUCCUUAACCUCGCUGAGGAGUGCGUAGAUAUAUUGUCGAACGAGAUCGCUUCUGGCGGGGGGAUUUGGCCAGUUGAUUUGAUCCCGCAGUUACAGUACAUGCCAGAGUGGAUGCCAGGUUCGGGUUUCCUCCAGAAGGCGCGAAAAUGGAAGGCGAAAAUGGAAGAGAUGGUAGACAAGCCAUACCACUGGGUCAAGCAACACGUAAAUCUCAACGCCCACACGCCUUCUUUCUGCUCUACUCUCCUCGAGGACUCCGAUUUUAACCCUAACAAUACGUCUGCAUCCUCCGAGAAAACCUUCCUCUCUAAUCAGUUUGAACAUGACCUCAAAUGGACCGCAAAUUCCAUGUACUCGGCUUCCCUCGACACAACCAUUACCACACUACAAUACUUCUUCCUCAUGAUGGCCAAAUAUCCUUCCGCUCACGCUAAAGCUCGUACUGAAAUUGAUUCCAUCAUUCCUCAUGGUACUCGCCUUCCUACGUUCGCAGACCGAUCGAAAUUACCCUAUUGCGAAGCCUUGUUUUCUGAGGUUCUCAGGCAUAAUGCAGGCGUACCUAUGAGUCUGCCCCACAGGUUGAUGGAGGACGACGUCUUCAUCAAUCCGACCACUGGAAAGGAAACUUUCUUGAAGAAGGGGUCGCUAAUUUUUGCCAACAUCUACAACAUAACCCGCGACCCUCAACUUUGGCCCGCACCUGACUUUAUGCCUCAUAUUACCCCGGAGGACUUCUAUCCUGAACGGCAUCUCCUCACUCCCGCCGAACAAACUCUCCUUUCUAAUCCAUCUUCUGACCCUGAAGCCUACCAGGCACUCAAAGUCAGACGAAGGGAACGCGAUCCCAGAACCUAUAUCUUUGGAUUUGGCCGCAGGCAAUGCCCUGGACAGAACCUUGUAUCCAGUUCUGCAUGGCUGGUAAUGGUGACUUUGCUGGCAACUGUGGAUUGGUCCUUUGCGGACGACGGCCGAGGUGAGGCUGGCAGGAAAGAGGAAGAGUCCAAAGUCGCCUUUGAGAACCCAAUAUUCAGGCAACCCACGAGUUUCAGGCUAGAUAUCAGACCAAGGAGCGAAGCUGUGAUGAGACUGAUCGGCCAAGAAGAGAAUGAUGAUCAGGAUUAGGUGUACUGUUUCGCGGUUUCUCUCUGUUUAGAUCGACCCUCCUCCCAAGCGAUAUCAUACGAUCCAUCGGGUGACCCAAAAGCACUGUACCUUGACGAUCUAACUCACCAAUCUGGCGUUCAAGUUCUCCUGUACUAUGAGAGCUUUACAAACUUCCCCCUUUUUUUCUGUGUUAUUACUUAUUUCUUCAUUUAUCGAUCCAACUCGACCUAUUUAUCAAUGAUGGUUGAAUCUGUCGCUCAUUUACACCUUUCUUGUUUUGGUUUGCCGGCCUCUACCAAGUUAUUGUUGCACUGUUUUCAUAUUUUCUAACUCGCAUGUUUCCAUACCGUCUCAUUGCACGCAAGCUUAUAAACAAGUUCAGCAGUUGCACAUCCA